CAGAUGGCAGUUUAGGAUUGCUUCUGCUCGUGAAAGGCGCGGUUCCGCUUGAGGUCUAAAUUAGAAUAUAAAACAUAAAGUAUUCUGUAAUUAAAUUGGACCAAUUACCACGCAGGUGUAUUCUGGACAUUCUUUUUGCGACAAAGAUUAUUUGUGGCACCUCCUCCUGACCGAGGCCCAAUGGCUGUGUUUGCAGGGUAUGCAGUCUGAGUGGAUGGAGGUCUUCACUGCCUGCUCUCACUGAACUCAUCUUACUGGAGACCAGCAGAAGUCCCCCUCUACUGCUCUGGAUAAAGUAUCUACAAUAAAUCCCCUUGCCUCAGCAGAGAAACAAGAUGAUUAACUCAGACUUCCCUGUUUUGCAGGACUCCUCUAAUGAGUCUGGACAGGGAGACUCGGUGAGUCUGAGUCUAAGUGUCAGUGAGCUGGAAGACACUGGAGAGGGCAAGAGUAAAAAGAAGAGAGGCAGGCCAGGGAGACCCCCGGCGGCCAGUAAAAAGGCCCGCAAGUCUCCAGUGGACAAGGGAGGCAGGAGGCCUAAUGGCAUGGCCCAGCACAAUGGCCAAGGAGGGGACCCCUCCACGCUCUUUGAGGUGGUCAAGCUUGGCAAAAGUGCCAUGCAGUCAGUUGUUGAUGACUGGAUCGAAUCGUACAAACAGGACCGAGACAUGGCUCUUCUGGAUCUUAUCAACUUUUUCAUUCAGUGCUCUGGGUGCAAAGGUACCGUCAGGAUAGAGAUGUUUAGAAACAUGCAGAAUGCAGAAAUCAUCAGGAAGAUGACGGAGGAGUUUGAUGAGGAUAGUGGUGACUACCCGCUGACCAUAGCCGGCCCACAGUGGAAGAAGUUCCGUUACAACUUCUGCGAGUUCAUCUGCGUUCUGAUCCGACAGUGCCAAUACAGCAUCAUCUACGAUGAGUACAUGAUGGACACCGUCAUCUCCCUUCUUACAGGCCUCUCUGACUCGCAGGUCCGAGCCUUCAGACACACCAGCACGCUGGCAGCUAUGAAACUGAUGACAGCUCUGGUGAACGUAGCGCUGAACCUGAGCAUCAACCAGGACAACACGCAGAGACAGUACGAGGCCGAGCGCAACAAGGUGGCCGGCAAGAGGGCCACCGACAAGCUGGAGCUUCUGCUGGAGAAGAGGAAGGAGCUCCAAGAGAACCAAGACGAGAUUGAGAACAUGAUGAACUCUAUCUUCAAAGGAAUUUUUGUUCACCGCUACAGGGAUGCUAUUGCUGAGAUCCGAGCGAUCUGCAUUGAGGAGAUUGGUGUGUGGAUGAAACUGUACAGUGAUGCCUUUCUAAAUGACAGCUACCUAAAGUACGUGGGCUGGACGUUACACGACAGGCAAGGUGAAGUCCGACUCAAGUGUCUCAAAGCUCUUCAGACUCUCUACACCAACAGGGGGCUGUUCCCCAAGCUGGAGCUCUUCACUAAUCGCUUUAAGGACCGCAUUGUGUCCAUGACUCUUGAUAAGGAGUAUGACGUGGCGGUGGAGGCCAUCCGGCUUGUGACUCUAAUACUGCAUGGCAGUGAGGACGCCCUGUCCAAUGAAGACUGCGAGAACGUCUAUCACCUGGUCUACUCCGCCCACCGGCCUGUGGCCGUGGCUGCCGGGGAGUUCCUCCAUCGGAAGCUCUUCAGCCGCCAUGAUCCCCAGGCUGAGGAGGCACUCGCCAAGCGGCGGGGCAGGAACAGUCCCAACGGCAACCUCAUCAGGAUGCUAGUGCUUUUCUUCCUGGAGAGUGAGCUACACGAGCACGCGGCCUACCUGGUGGACAGCCUGUGGGACAGCUCUCAGGAGCUGCUGAAGGACUGGGACUGCAUGAUUGAGCUUCUGCUGGAAGAGCCCGUGCAGGGCGAGGAAGCACUGGGAGACCGGCAUGAGAGCGCUCUGAUCGAGCUCAUGGUGUGCACCAUCAGACAGGCGGCCGAGGCUCACCCGCCCGUCGGCCGAGGGACUGGCAAGAGGGUUCUCACCGCCAAAGAAAAGAAGACCCAGAUUGAUGACAAGAAUAAACUGACAGAGCACUUCAUCAUCGCACUUCCCAUGCUGCUGUCGAAGUACCAGGCAGACGCUGAGAAGGUGGCCAACCUCUUACAGAUCCCGCAGUUCUUUGACCUGGAGGUCUACAGCUCGGGGCGAAUGGAGAAGCACCUAGACGCACUGCUGAAGCAGAUCCGCCUGGUGGUAGAGAAGCACACGGAGACGGAGGUGCUGGAGGCCUGCAGCAAGACCUACAGCAUCCUGUGCAGCGAGGAGUACACCAUCAUGAACCGCGUGGACAUCGCCCGCAGCCAGCUCAUCGACGAGCUCACAGACCGUUUCAGCCAUUCGGUGGAGGACCUGUUGCAGGAGGGGGAUGAAGCUGACGAUGAUGACAUCUACAGUGUCCUCUCAUCCCUAAAGAAACUCACCGCUUUCCACAAUGCUCACGACCUCACAAAAUGGGACCUGUUUAAGAACUGCUAUCGGUUACUUAAAAUGGGAAUCGAGCAGGGCUCCAUGCCAGAGCAGAUUGCUGUCCAGGCCCUCCAGUGUUCACAUUACUCCAUUCUUUGGCAGCUAGUCCGAAUAACUGAAGGAUCUCCGUCCAAGGAUGACCUUGUUGCUCUGAGGAGAGUGGUGAAAUCAUUCUUGGCUGUAUGCCAGCAGUGCCUGUCAAAUGUGAACACUCCUGUCAAAGAGCAGGCCUUCAUGCUGCUGUGUGACCUGCUCAUGAUCUUCAGCCACCAGCUGACCACGGGGAGCAGAGAGGCACUGCAACCACUGGUCUUCAACCCGGAUGGCACCCUGCAGAGCGAGCUCCUCAGCUUUGUCCUAGACCAUGUCUUCAUCGACCAGGAUGACGAGAACCAGAGCAUGGAGGGUGAUGAGGAAGAUGAAGCAAAUAAAAUCGAGGCUUUGCACAAGAGGAGGAACCUGCUUGCUGCCUUUAGCAAGCUCAUCAUAUAUGACAUUGUGGACAUGCCUGCAGCAGCUGACAUCUUCAAGCAUUAUAUGAAGUACUACAAUGACUAUGGAGACAUCAUCAAGGAGACCCUGAGUAAGACAAGACAGACAGACAAGAUCCAAUGUGCCAAAACUCUAAUACUCAGUUUGCAACAGCUCUUUAAUGAGCUUGUGCAGGAUCAAGGGCCCAACCUGGACCGAACCUCCUCGCACGUGAGUGGGAUCAAGGAGCUUGCCCGCCGUUUCGCCCUCACCUUCGGCCUGGACCAGAUCAAAACCCGGGAGGCAGUGGCUACGCUACACAAGGAUGGAAUUGACUUUGCCUUCAAGUUUCCAAACCCCAAAGGUGCGGAGUAUCCUCCCACGAACCUGGCUUUCCUGGAAGUGCUGUGCGAGUUCUCUUCCAAACUCCUCCGUCAGGAUAAAAAAACUGUCCACUCGUACCUGGAGAAGUUCAUGACGGAGUACAUGAUGGAGCGGAGGGAAGAUGUUUGGCUGCCGCUCAUCGCCUACCGGAACUCUCUGCUGACUGGUGGUGAUGAGGACCGCAUGUCGGUCACCACGGGCAGCACCACCAGCCGGGCCAGCACUGUGCGCAGCAAGAGGGGCCGACCGCCGCUGCACAAGAAACGCACAGACGUACCGGAGGAGAGUGGGGAUGGCUCGUGGGUGAUGCGUAACGACAGUCUCCAGACGCCCGGCGGCCUGCAGACCCCGCAGCUCACCUCCACGGUGCUGAGGGAGAACCCGCGGCAGGCGGCAGAGCACAUCCCCGACCAGGACUCGUCCGAGCCCGGCUCCGAACCAGACUUCAUUCACAAUCCACAGAUGCAGAUGUCAUGGCUUGACCAGCAGAAGAUGGAGGAGGUGAACAGGAAGGACAGAGGCGGCAUGAACUACAUGAAGGCACGGAGUGGGGGCGUGAGGCAGCAGGUACGUGGCUUAAUGGAAGACGAUGCCGAACCCAUCUUCGAGGACGUGAUGAUGUCGUCGCGUGGUCAGCUGGAGGACAUGAACGAGGAGUUUGAGGACACUAUGGUGAUAGAUCUGCCACCAUCAAGAAACAGAAGAGAGAGAGCCGAACUCAGACCAGAUUUCUUUGACUCUACAGCAAUUAUAGAAGAUGAUUCUGGAUUUGGUAUGCAAAUGUUUUGAAGCAGACUGCGACUCUCUGUGGGAGAAUCACAACCAGCAACGCUGUUUCUCCAAUCAAGCAAAGCCAACAUUUUAAAAGUUACAUGGUCAGCGUCUUUUUAACACACACACACACACACACACACACACACACACA